AUGAGACGAGGGAGUAUGGGUCCGAGGGAGUGCAGUGCGGUGCCAUCAGCAGCGCCUGCCUUGAGAAGGGAGUAUGGGUCCGAGGGAGUGCAGUGCGGUGCCAUCAGCAACGCCUGCCAUGAGAAGGGAGGAGCAGCAUGGCGGAGUGGAGAGCUGGUGGGGGCGGCUGCAGAGCGGGAGGCGCGGCAGCAGCAGCUACACGGGAGGGAGGAGGGAGGCGGGUGGAGUGCGGAGGAGGAGGGAGCAGCAGCACCAGCAGCCUUCUUUCAGAAGGGAAGCGGGAGGCGCGGCAGCAGCAGCUACACGGGAGGGAGGAAGGAGGCGGGUUGGAGUGCGGAGGAGGGAGCAGCAGCACCAGCAGCCUUCUUUCAGAAGGGAGGCGCAGCAUGGCGGAGUGGAGAGCUGGUGGGGGCGGCUGCAGAGAGGGAGGCGCGACAGCAGCAGCUACACGGGAGGGAGGAGGGAGGCGGGUUAGAGGAGCAGCAGCACCAGCAUCGUCUUCUUUCAGAAGGGACAACUAAUCUUUCUUUCCGUAAAUCCCCCUCUUGCAUUCCUGGUAUGGCACGGCGGAUGGAGGCGGGUUGGAGUGCGGAGGAGGGAGCAGCAUCUGUCACCAGCAGCGCCUGCUUUCACCAUUGA